AUGAGUGGUCCAGGUGUCGGAUUUGAGUAUCCAGCAGUGCCCGUUUCGUGGUACAAACGAGACGUCUUGCUAUUCGCAAAUGCAAUUGGUUGUGAUGCUAAGGACGAGCUUCACUUCUUAUACGAAUUCCACCCAAAAUUCAGCACAUUCCCUACUUACUCGAUCAUCUUACCAUUCAAAGGAACAUCAGCGGAGAUCAUCGACUUUUACGCUUCUCAAAACUCCAAACGUGCUGCCAUCCCAGAUGUACCAAAGUUUGACAGUCGCAAGGUAGUUCAUGGAGAGCAAUCUAUUACUUUCCUCAAGCCUCUGCCACCAACUAGCGAAGGUCGUGAGUUUGAGAUGAGAGCAAAGGUUCUGGGUGUAUACGACAAGGGCAAGCCUGGUUCGGUAGUCGAAACUGAAAACCUGCUUGUGGAUAAAGCUACUGGGGAGGCUUACAGCAGAGCUGUGGGAAUGUCGUUCUUUGUUGGACAGGGAAACUGGAAUGGACCCAAAGGACCAAAGACAGUAAACUACCCUCCUCCCCAGGGUAAGAAGCCUGAUGCAGAAUACGUGUUCCAGACAAACGCAGAAUCGGCACAUCUUUACAGACUUUGUGGUGACUACAACCCCCUUCAUGCCACACCAGAGCCUGGUCAGCAAAUGGGUUUCGGUGGUGCCAUUCUUCACGGCUUGUUCAGUUGGAACACUACAGCUCAUGGCCUCUUGAAGCUUCUUGGAAACUCGGAUCCAGCCAACAUCAAGGAGUUUGCUGCACGAUUCGCAAGUCCUGUCAAGGCUGGAGAUACACUUGUCACUCAAAUCUGGCGCAUGGGUAAUGUUGACGAUGAGGGUUGGGAAGAGGUGAGAUUUGUUACCAGCGUAAAGGGUGGCAAAGUAUGCUUGAGCAAUGGCCGAGCAAAGAUGAAGAUUACAGGACAGAAGAGCAAGCUCUAA